GUGGCACUAGCUUUUUUUGCGAUCACACCUCGAGGAUACAUGUACAGUGGCAUAUUGAUCAUCUAAAGAUCACUAAUACAUGCCGCUGAGAUGAGCCAAGUCGAGUCAGAAAAUGCUAAUCGCCACGGCAAAGAAGAGCCUCUUACUGGUCAUGAAUUAAGACAUAUAAAGGAUGCAGCUGAUCUCUACCAGUCUGGCUCAUUCAAGCUUCAGAUUGACGCUCUUCUUCCCAAUGUCCGACCGAAAGAGUCAGGCCGACAGCAGCUCGAUGCAUUUCUUCUGGCUCUGCGCUCUCAUUGCCUUUCUCUCCCUUCUAUUGCACCUCAAAAUGCUUUAAUGGCCGCAAAAGCUCUCGCUAAACAAGGUAUCGCCGUUCCAUUUGCGCACCCCCUCCCCCCUCGAGAUGCCAAGUGGAAGGUCGCAUUUGAGCCUCCAAGCGAAAUCUGUGUUGUCGGAAGUUGGGGAAAUGGAAUCCCCGUCAAAAAGAAAAAUGGUAGUCGAUUUGGCAUCGACCUAUCUAUGGAGAUGCCCGAGACUCUCUUUCAAGAAAAAGAUUACCUCGAUGGACGCUUCUUCCACAAGAGGUCAUACUACCUCGCUGUUUUAGCCCGAUCUAUUUCAACCACCUUUGACGUUGACACCUCUUACUCAUCUGCGCUCGGCGAUCCUCGUCUCACCACGCUGGUCCUUAGGCCACGAAAAGGGUGUACAUCUCACGAUUUUUCCAAAAGUCACGCCGAAGUUCAUGUUAUCCCUGUCCUUCCGUCACCAAGUCCAUUGCCGCUUCCGAGGCUCUCCCCCUCACAUCCGAACGUUCGCAUAUCUUCGUCCUCAUCCUCAUCCUCAUCACCUUCCCCUACCCCGAUCUACAACAAUGCGAUCCUCCUUUCCACAUAUCCAAAACUCGCCCUCUUGUCCACUCACGAACUCAAAAAUUCAUUGCCAGCAUUUCAUGAUGCUCAUACUCUUUUAAGAGUGUGGGCCAACCAGCGAGGUUAUGGCGAUGGCGAAUUAUGCAUGAGAGGCUUUGAAGGAAAAGGCUCAUUUUGGGCCGGACUACUACGGUAUUUGAUUUCGGGCGAGGAACCCAUGGGCACGAAGAGUGGAAACUCAAAAUUGAGGAGGCCGCUUGGAAAGGGAUUAAGCUCUUACCAAUUAUUCAAAGCUGCGCUCGAUUUUCUUGCAAAGCAGAAGUUCGGCGAGACUCCAGCAUUCACGAAGACGAUUGAUGGACACAAGUAUCCCGCAGAUGAGUACAUUACCCACCACCCAGCUGUAUUCGUGGAUGCAACAUCUACUAUCAACUUCUUGUCUGACGUACCUCUCACCUCCCUUGACCUGCUAAGUCACGACGCCAAAGAGACACUGGAGCAAUUAAACAACCCUGGUACAUCUGAUGACACGUUCGCUGAAUGUUUUCUGAAAAGUCAGUUCAAUCUCUCCACUCGCUUCGAUGCGGUGAUAAGAGUUGACCUGUCCCGAGCUUCUCGCAGCCAGUCUGCUUUGGCUCUCGUAGAACAUGGGUCUUCUGACGCAGCCGUUCUGGCUUCUAUGUCAUCUAUCCUACGCCGAGGUCUCGGUAACCGCACCCAAGCGAUAGCCAUUCUGCAGCCUGGUACCCCUCGCCGCCCCAUAUCGUCAGCAGAAAGCCCCGACACGUCCACGAUCCACAUCGGGCUUAUUUACGACCCUGCUCAUGCCUUCCGUCUUGUUGACCACGGACCUUCUGCGGAAGAUCAAGAGUCAAACAUUGCGCAGGAGUUUCGGCAUCUAUGGGGCAGUCGUGCUGAGCUCCGUCGAUUCAAAGAUGGUCGUAUUACAGAGAGUGUUGUUUGGGAAGUCACGACGUCCGAUGAACGUGCACAUAUCCCUGCUUCCAUCGUCCGAUACUUGCUGCAACUCCAUUUUGGCAUUCCUGCCGAAUCCGCGACAACGUUGCAAACACCAUUCGAUAACAUGCUCCGAUUGCCAGACGAUGUCCGUCGUUUGCAUCGAGCUGCAGGUGGGCAUAAAGCUGCGAUAACAGCAUUUGAUGAUGUUGUUAGGAAUCUGAAAGCGCUGGACGAGCAGCUACCACUGGCGCUGCUGAAUGUCAGCCCCAUAUCUGACUAUCUGCGGUAUACCUCGACAUUUGCUCCACUGCCAAUUCCUACCUCGGAUUUGAUAGCAUUACCCGAGUCCUUGCGUUUCCUUCCAACCAUCCCCAUCAUCCUCGAAUUCGAGAAAUCAUCCAAAUGGCCGGAUGACUUGAAAGCGAUUCAAAAAAUCAAGCUCGCUUUCUUCGAAAUUAUCGCACAGUCACUUAUGGCUUCAAAUCCCGAACUCAAGGCGUCCGUUGCUAUCGGCGAUAGCUCAAACCCAUUUCAAGGAUGCGCGACACUAGAAAUAUUCACCGCUGAAGGCUGGGCGUUCUCUGCAUCGAUUUGGCAUGAUCGAGAGGCGACUUUGCUUGAUCGAAUUAUUGACUCCAGCAAGGCGUUCGUCACACCUAGCGACCAAAAAUACAGCGUGCGGGAACAACGCGAAGCCAAAGCCGCUCAUGAUCUCUACACCCGGAGAUUCAUUCAUGCCCCACGACACCAUCAUGCCAUUGCCAAUCUUUGCCACAAAUAUAGCGCAUACUCCGGAACCGUCCGCCUCGUCAAGCGUUGGCUUGCCGCCCAAUGGCUUUUGCAAACUCACAUCUCAGAAGAGGUCAUCGAGAUCAUCUGCGCACGGCCAUUCCUCGGUGGAAAACAAGGAUCGACAGAAAGCGCUGCUACUGUGCCUCAUAGUAAAGAACGCGGUUUCUCCCUCGUCUUAGAAUUCUUAAAGGAUUGGACGUGGGAAGAGCCUCUCUUGAUUCCACUGUACGAGGAUAAUGCCCCGGCACCGGCACCUGAAGUGUGGACAUCGAAUGGUCCAGAUGCGGUUGCUGUCCGCCGUCUUCGCGCAUUUGCUAAGCAGGCCAUUAAAGUACUCCACGAUGCCGAGACGGACUCGGAUAUCAAGUGUCUAUUCUUACCUUCCACCGACGACUACGAUAUUAUCAUCAAACUGAACCCUGCCGUUCUACCAAGGUACUACCAAAAUAUCAACGCAGAAUCGAGUGUUUGGACUAGGGACACUCAUUUGGGCAUAAUCGAGUCGACGCCUCGCCCAGGAUUUGAUCCUCUUCCUCUGUUCCUCGCCGAUCUGCAGAGCACGUUCGCAAACACGUUGAAAUUUUUUGCUGAUCCCCUCGGAGGUGACUGCAUUGGCGCAAUUUGGCUUCCAGAUCUUGGGGCACCCCGCCCCUUCCGUGCACUAGCAGGUUUCUCGAGCAAACCGUUCCCCAAGGAGGAUAAAGCAAAGGACAAGGAAUUCGUCGUGUUAAAUCGACAGGCCGUUCUGGAUGAUAUCGGGAGAUUAGGAACAGGUCUGGUUACAAAAAUUAUUGUACAUGAACACAUGUAGCGAUCAUUAUGCACGUGUAUUCUACAAGCACUACGGCGAAAGCCACAAUCCUAUAAUAUGACGGGUGAAGGAAGGGAACAAAUUGAAUGCCAAAGAAAGCGUGGCCCUUCACGUCAAAUAUGCCGUCUGCCGGAUGAUACCUUUUGCUUCUUCCGAUCGCGGCGUGAUACUGUAUUUG